CGGAAGUUGUAGAGGUCGCACGUUUCACUGUACUACCAAUUUUAACAAUAAAGUAAACGUGCUCUGCUAUUUUUUGUUAUAUUUUGAAUAACCUAGGAACACAAUGAAAUUCUCUUAUAAGUUCAGUAAUUUACUUGGUACGGUGUACCGUAAAGGAAAUGUAAUAUUCUCUUUGGAUGGAUCGUCUGUUAUUAGUCCAGUGGGAAAUAGAAUCACUAUUUUUGAUUUAAAAAACAACAAAUCAACGACUCUUCCAAUAGAAAGUAAUUAUAAUUAUAGCACUUUAGACAUUUCUCCAAACGGUCGUUUGUUAAUCGCAAUUAAUGAAGAGGGAGAUGCUCAUAUAAUCAGUAUGGCCAGUAAAACGGUGAUAAAUAAAUAUAGAUUUAAAUUUCAUGUCAAAUGCGUUAAAUUUUCACCUGACGGGGAACACUUAGCUGUUUGUAAACAGAAUAAGGUUUUUAUUUUUGAUGUACCAAGUCUGCAAUCAAGAGAAUACAAUUCAUUUAUAAUGGAACGAGUAUUUCAUACAGCUGUCGAUGAAACUUCGUGUUUAGAUUGGUCUUUCGAUUCCAACCUAUUGGCUGUUGGUUCCAAAGAUUGUUGUAUUCAAUUGUACAGUUUAAACAAAUGGGUUAAUUUUAAACCAAUUAUGCUUGGUAGUCAUCGUGAUAGUAUCGUAGGGUGUUUCUUUGAAAAGGAUAGUUAUGACAUAACGACUGUUGACAGAUAUGGACAAGUUUGUUAUUGGCAAUGCACCAUUGAUCCCAAGGAUUUGGUGCUUUGGAAUCCACCGAUUAAAAAAAAAAAAAGAAGAAAAAUUGAUAGCGACAUUGAAGAUGACGUAGACUUGGAUAAAGCUAUAGAAAAAACUGAAAAACAAUUCGAAACUUCUGAGAAUAAAUUAUUCCAAUUCCCAUUUGAAACAACAGAAGAAGUAGAAAAUGAAGAAGAAAUAAGUUCUUUUUCCUCUGAAGAUGAACAAGAAACAGAAAUAAAAGAAAAAGAAACAGAAAGAGAAGAUAAUACAAAAAAAUUGAAAAAAUUUAGAAAAUUACGUUAUAAAAAAAUUGUACGUCAUUUCGUAUCACCAAAAGUAGAAAAACAAGACUCAAAGGAUAUAAAAUUAACGGCAGCUGCAUAUCAUAAAGAUUCUCAUAUUUUAAUAGUAGGAUUUAAUAAUGGUACCUUCUUUUUAUAUGAUAUGCCUGACGGGAACGAGAUUCAUUCUUUAGAGAUUUCUCAACAAAGUAUUUCUACUAUUGCGAUAAACCCUACUGGAGAUUGGAUAGCUUUAGGAUGUUCAAAUGUAGGUCAAUUAUUGGUUUGGGAAUGGCAAAGUGAAACAUACGCUAUGAAACAGCAAGGACACAGUAACAAUAUUAAUUCUUUAGCUUAUAGUCCUGAUGGACAAUAUAUUGUUACGGGUGGAGAAGAUGGAAAAGUAAAGCUAUGGAAUACCACGAGCGGAUUUUGUUCUGUUACCUUUAAAGAACACACUUCCGCGGUUACAGGAGUUUUUUUCAGUCACAACCGUAAAUUCAUUGUUUCUUCUUCGCUGGAUGGAACUGUCCGAGCGUACGACUUAACCAGAUACAGAAAUUUUAAAACUUUAACGUCAUUGAAACCGAUACAAUUUUCUUGCGUAACGUUAGACUCGAGCGACGAGUUCGUUGCUGCAGGAGGUCAAGAUUUCUUUUUUAUUUACUUGUGGAGUAUUAAAAUGGGAUCUUUAUUAGAAAUAUUAGGUGGUCACACUGGACCCGUUGUAAGUUUAGCUUUUAAUCCGAAUUUGGCGAGCUCUGAACUGGUAUCUGUUUCCUGGGACAAAACAUUGAAAAUAUGGAAUGCUAUAAGAAAUGAUUCUAUGCAUGAGACGAUACAGUUAAAUUCCGAGGGUUUAUACGUCACUUACAGACCUGACGGGGAAGAAAUUGCAGUUGCUACUUUAGACGGAGACAUUUCAUUUUUCCAUUGUAAAACUGUACGACAAACAGGCAGUAUCGAGGGCAGGAAUGACUUAGCCGGUGGUAGAUUACAAACAGAUAUGAUUACAGCAAAAAAAUCUUCACAGGCUAAAGGAUUUACUUCAUUGUGUUAUUCUGCUGAUGGCUCGUGUAUAUUAGCUGGUGGAUGUUCUAAAAACGUUUGUAUUUAUAAUGUUAAAGAAGGCAUAUUAUUAAAAAAAUUUGAAGUCACACAAAACAGGUCUUUGGAUGCGGUAAACGAUUAUAUAAACAGGCGAAAAUUGACUGAAUUUGGAAAUUUGAAUCUGGUUGAAGAACGUGAAGAAAAUGAGGGUGGUAACGUGACGUUGCGUUUGCCAGGUGUUAGAAGUGGCGAUAUGGCUAGCAGAAGUAUGAAACCGGAAGUCAGGGUUUAUAGUUUACAAUUUUGUCCAACAGGACAAGCAUGGGGAGCAGCAACGACCGAAGGUUUGCUGAUAUAUUCGUUAAAUGCCGGAUAUAUGUUUGACCCGUUUCAACUAGAGAUUGAAAUCACUCCUCAUACUACCAAAAAAGUUAUUUCUAAACAGAAAUACGGAAAAGCAUUGAUGAUGGCUUUGAAACUGAAUGAAAAAUCUUUAAUAAGACAAAGUUUAGAAGCUGUACCAUUCAAAAAUAUUGAACUGGUUAUAAGUUUCUUGGCGGAUAUUUAUGUAGAGAAGGUUUUGAAAUUCAUAACAACCGAAUUAGAAUCAACGAGACAUAUACAUUUUUAUCUUUUAUGGAUAGAAGUGAUAUUAACUAAUCAUGGACAUAAAAUGAACACGAUCUUUCAAAUGCCGUUACUGUUAAUGUUGCAAAGAAAUAUGCAAAAAAUGUACGACGAUUUGAGUCAUAUAUGUGAUUAUAAUCAAUACACGAUAAGUUACAUACAAAACAUGGGAAGAAUAAAGGCUGCUAAAUCUAAAUUAAAAGAUAAAGAUCCGUGUAGUGAUGAAUCCGAUGAUUCAUUAUAAAUCAUCAUCUGUAAUGAUUUAUCUUAAUACAAGUAAAAUAAUUUUAACUUUGUAUAUAUAAAAAAAAUGCAUGUAAAUGCAUUAUAUAAAAAAAAUGCAUGUAAAUGCAUUAUAUAUAUAAGAAAUACAUAAAAAUAU